ACUUACUCUGGGCUGUUCUGUGUGGUGAUAAACCCCUACAAAAACCUGCCCAUCUACUCCGAGAAUAUCAUAGAGAUGUACAGGGGGAAGAAGAGACACGAGAUGCCACCACACAUCUACGCCAUCUCAGAGUCAGCAUACCGCUGCAUGCUACAAGAUCGUGAAGACCAAUCAAUCCUUUGCACAGGCGAGUCGGGCGCCGGCAAGACAGAAAACACCAAAAAGGUCAUCCAGUACCUGGCCCACGUCGCCUCGUCACACAAAGGACGCAAAGACCACAACAUUCCUCCCGAAUCUCCUAAAGCGUUGAACAAGCUCCAGGCAAGUGUUUCCCCACUUUCUAAAACAGUUGUGCUCAGUUUGGAUGUUUUUGCAUGCCCUUCCGAAAUCAAACUGUACUGUCUUCUCCCAUGAACUUAUCUCUGCUGCCUAUAGUAUAUGUGGUAUUUGUUUGUGCUGGCAAAACGUUUAAGUCUGUUAUCAAACCGACAGACUCGUAUUACAUUGUGUUUUAUCAGUUGUUUUAGGUUUAUUUUAAGGAAAUGCCCAACAGUGUCAACAUACAGUAACCCUUAAAAAGCACAAGUGAAACAAAUAUUUGUCAUUUGUAACACAGUGACUGUUUAUUUUCUGUGACCUUAGAACAAUAACUAACCCCAUGUGCAUGUGCUGUUUGUGGUUAGGUUCCAGUCAUAUUUAUCUUUGUCGUUCCCAUUUUGAAUGUACAUGGGAAUGAGAGGAUUUGGUGUGAACUGUGAAAUCACAUCAGACUUUGUCUCUCCAAACCCUCUGCCACGACAACCCUCUAAUAUCUCAACCAUUCUCCUUUAUUGUCCCUAAUCAAUAAGCACAUGGUGGGUCAGUGAUGUGGAAAUGCUUUGACCUUCCUAUCUCCAUCUUGAUCCUCACUUGGACAUCUUGGGGAAUGAAAUGAAGCUACUAUUGUCUCUCUGCUGCAUAACAUGGGCGCGCUUCAGUAACAAUGGAGGCUCACCUGGGACUAAUACACUGCACUGCAUGUUUCAGCUUGAUUCAUGAUCCACUGUUCCCCCACAUAGACUUCUAACAUUACAGCAACUCAAUAUUCCGCUGUGGAUACUUCUGAGUGUAAAUUCGAUAUUUACUGGCCCUCAUUGUUCCCCCACUCAGUUUGCCCAGGAGCUAUUUUUCUUUCCCCAAAUCCAAACUUUUUUUUUUCUCUGUAAAGCUUUGCUGAAGCAGAUGCUGCUAAGAUUAAACAUCUAUAGUCUAUAGAUACACACUCACCCAGGUUGUAUAUGUGUUGAUGUGUGGCGUUAUCCUGGCUGUAACUCUGUACCUGGGUCCCUGUGCCAGAAUACACCAGUCCACUACAGGCCACUGCCCUCUCACAA